GCUGUUGGGGUGGGCAGUAUCCCGUGUUAAAAGAAUUUUACCUGAGUCAACAGAAACCAUCCAAAGUGACCAUGAGCAUCAUGGGUUUUUUUUGGACGGCAGCCUAGUCUGAUCCUUUUCUGUGUUGUACUCCAUCGGAGUGACAUCUCUGUUCCCUCAGUCACCUCUUCUAAGGACACCUCAAACAGACGUUGGGUCUAGCUCCACCACAUUACCAGGAUGUACAGUUUUAUGGGCGGAGGCCUCUUCUGUGCCUGUGUGGGCAACAUACUUCUGGUGGUCUCCACCGCUACUGACUACUGGAUGCAAUACCGACUAUCCGGAUCAUUCGCGCACCAGGGCCUCUGGAGAUACUGCAUGGCCGGAAAAUGUUCCAUGCAAACAGAGAGUAUCGCUUAUUGGAAUGCCACUCGGGCCUUUAUGAUCCUGUCUACAUUGUCUUGCUUUGCUGGCAUCAUCAUCGGGAUCUUGUCCUUCGCCCACUUUUCCAAUUUCCAGAGAUUUAACAGAUCCUUUGCUGCAGGCAUCAUGUUCUUCAUCUCCACCCUCUUUGUUCUUCUGGCCAUGGCCAUCUACACCGGGGUGACCGUCAACUUCCUGGGCAAGCGGUUCGGUGAUUGGCGCUUCUCCUGGUCCUACAUCCUGGGCUGGGUGGCUCUGCUCAUGACCUUCUUUGCAGGGAUAUUCUACAUGUGUGCCUAUCGCAUGCACGAGUGUCGGAGAGUGGCUGGUCCUCGUUAAUGAGUGCGGGGGAGACAGCGGCAAAAAAAAAAGAAGAAAUCUCGGACAAUACCUCCUAAAAAAA